CUCUUCAGAGUUUAUAGAAACCUUUGACAAAAAUGACAUCCUGGUUGUAUGAAUGUCUUUGUGAAGCUGAACUUGCACAGUAUUAUCCUCAUUUUACUGCCAUUGGCCUCCAGAAAAUAGAUGAAUUAGCCACGGUUACAAUGAAGGACUACUCCAAAUUGGGAGUCCACGACAUGAACGACCGCAAACGUCUCUUCCGACUUAUCAGAAUCAUUCAGAUGAUGCAGGAAGAAGACAAAGCAGUCAGUAGCCCAGAACAUCCUCUCCAGACAAGCAGCCUGUAUAGCAAGCCUCGGGAAUCCAGACCUGGCCCUCGGAGGCAACUGCAUUUUGAUUGUCCUGCUGACAACAAAGACAGAACAACCAGCAACUAUGGGUUUGAAAUGUGCAAUUUAUCAGAUUUUUCUGCAAAUGAACAGAAGUCUAGUUACCUAAAAGUGCUGGAACACAUGCUACCAGAGGAUUUCCAGUACCAAACAGAAACAAGAAUUCUGAAUGCCACAGCUGCUGAUUCCUAUGUGCAAACAGAAACUAACACUUCACUCUCUUCAUUAAAUCACUUUUCUCCAAGACUGGGGGAUUGUGAUAGUCCCAUUAUUCAAAGAGUUUCUCAUGUUUCAGGGUAUAACUAUGGAAUCCCUCAUUCUUGUAUCAGACAGAACACCUCAGAGAAAGAAAAUCCUUGGACUGAGAUGGAGAAAAUCAGAGUUUGUGUUCGAAAACGCCCUCUAGGUGUGAGGGAGGUACGUCGUGGAGAAAUUAAUAUUAUUACUGUAGAAGACAAAGAAACUCUACUUGUUCAUGAGAAGAAAGAAGCAGUUGACCUCACACAAUAUAUUCUGCAGCAUGUUUUUUAUUUUGAUGAAGUCUUUGGUGAAGCGUGCACCAAUCGAGAUGUUUACAUGAAGACUACUCACCCACUCAUUCAGCAUAUUUUCAAUGGAGGCAAUGCCACUUGCUUUGCAUAUGGACAGACAGGUGCUGGAAAGACCUACACCAUGAUAGGAACUCAUCAGAACCCAGGACUGUAUGCUCUGGCUGCCAAAGAUAUCUUCAGGCAACUAGAAGUAUCCCAGCCAAGAAGGCAUCUCUUUGUGUGGAUCAGCUUCUAUGAAAUUUACUGUGGACAGCUUUAUGACCUCCUAAACGGGAGAAAAAGGCUCUUCGCAAGAGAAGAUAGCAAGCAUAUGGUACAGAUAGUGGGUCUGCAAGAGCUUCAGGUGGAUGGUGUGGAGCUUCUCUUAGAGGCGAUUCUGAAGGGCAGCAAGGAGCGCAGCACCGGGGCCACUGGAGUUAAUGCAGACUCCUCGCGCUCUCAUGCUGUCAUCCAAAUUCAGAUCAAAGAUUCAGCCAAGAGGACGUUUGGCAGGAUCUCUUUUAUUGACUUGGCUGGCAGUGAAAGAGCGGCGGAUGCCAGAGACUCAGAUAGACAGACAAAGAUGGAAGGUGCAGAAAUAAACCAGAGUCUUCUGGCUCUGAAGGAAUGUAUCCGAGCUUUGGAUCAGGAACACACCCACACUCCCUUCAGGCAAAGCAAGUUAACUCAGGUCCUGAAGGACUCUUUCAUUGGCAAUGCCAAAACCUGCAUGAUCGCCAACAUCUCACCAAGCCACUUGGCCACAGAACACACUCUGAACACCUUGCGCUAUGCUGACCGGGUCAAAGAACUAAAGAAAGGCAUUAAAUGUUGCACUUCAGCUACCAGUCGAAAUCGGACGUCUGGAAACUCUUCUCCAAAACGAAUUCAGAGCUCCCCUGUGGCCCUGCCAGGGGACAAAUGUUCUCCCAAAAAAGUCAAGCUAGGGCUUCAGCAAUCACUCACAGUGGCACCUGGCUCCACAAAAGGGAAGGCCCAUCCUCUGGCCAGCCACCCACCCAACAUCCCUUUUGCUUCUGUACCUAAAGUCCCUGGUAAAAGAGGUGGCUCCAGAGGGAGUCCUCCCCAAGGGUGGGUCAUUCAGACCAGCCCUGUCAAAGGAGCCAUGCAGUCUAGACAUUUAGCCAAAAAAACGGCAGGAGAGUCAGCCUCAUUGUGCUCUGAGAAAAAUCAAAUCAGCAGCAAAACUGCCCUCGGGUGGGGAAGCAGGGCCCCUGGCCCAGGAAAAGACCUGGUGCACGGUAAGCUGCCCUCCAAGUGCCGGAAGGUACAGACUGUGCAGCCAGUGCAGAAGCAGCUUGUGUCACGAGGUGAGCUCUCCUUUGGCAACGUCCACCACUUAGCAGAGUACAGUCAGGCCAGCAAGGGGGACACGCCUGCCAGGCCUGCCUCUGCGGCUUGGACAGACAUCCCUUCACGUCAGAAGGAGAGGGAGGAACAUUUGCGCUUCUAUCACCAGCAGUUCCAGCAGCCGCCUCUCCUCCAGCAGAAGUUAAAGUACCAACCACUGGAAAGGUUUUUAUGCCAGUACAGGUCCCAAGAGGGGCAGCUCCAGAAUGAGACCCCUCCUCCCUUCCGCUCUUAUUCCGAGAGCCACGAUGGAGCCCAAGCUGAGGACCCUGAUGACAGCGAUUUCAGUGAAGAUUCUUUUUCACAUGUCUCCAGUCAGAGGACCACAAAGCAGAGAAGCAUCCUGGAGAACAGCGAAGGCUCGUUUUUCCUUCAUCAGAAGGAGCAAGGUCCUGAGGAGCAGGUGGCCAAAAGGCGGCAGAGCCUUUUUUUUAGCCCCAGGACAGACAGUGACGAGAAGGGUCUAACUGGAAGCUGUAUGUACUCCAGGGACCCCACAAGCCACAGAAGAGCAGCACUUGAUCACGGCCGCAGCCCAAGUAAGGUGCCCCUGGACUGGAGCAGAGAGGAGGACUCCACCUCCUCAGGGCCUUCUCCCAGAGACAACCUGGCAGAGAAGCCUUACUGCUCACAGGUAGACUUUGUAUAUGGCCAGAAAAGAGGUGGCGGCCUAGCCUUUGAUCUCAGACAGGAUGCCUUCAGAUGUAAGGUUCCUGGGCAGGCUGAGGGCAGCUUGCCAUCCCCGGAAGAAGAUGGUUUCACUUUCUCACUAUCCCACAUUGCAGUUCCUGGAUCCUCAGACCAAAGAGACACAGUCAGCACACCUCUGAGAGAAGUCAGCGAAGACAGCCCAACUCUGGCAACCAGAACAAUGAAAAGCAGUAACUUUUUCCAAGGAGAAGACUCUAGAGGGGAAUUAGGCAUGGGCUCUGAAUAUGCUUCUGGACUGAUGGCUCCCCUCACUGUGUCCCUCCUGGAGAACCCAGACAAUAAGGGCUCUCCUCCCUCGGAGCAGCCGGCCCAGGAUAGGGCUGCACACAGUCUAGUGGCACUGGGCACAGAGGGGCCAGCUGUGGGCCACACAGUGUCAUCUGGUGAUCAAGAGGCAGUCCUGCCAGUGUCUUUAGGAACUGGGCACCUGUGGCUCUCGUCAUCUCCCCCUGACAAUAAGCCUAGUGGUGAUCUUCCAGCUCUGUCCCCAUCACCCAUCCAUCAGCACCCACAGGACAAGCUGCCCAGUAGGGAGGCUGACCUGGGGGAGGGCUUCCAGAGCAGAGAGACUGCACUCUUCUCCCAGGAACAUGUGGAUAGCGAGCAGUAUGAUGCUGACGCUGAAGAGACAGAGCUGGACGGGUCCCGGGGUUUCCCAGGAAAACCAUUGCCCACCAUACACACAGGAGGACCUCACGCUGAUCCUACACUCACCCCACAAAUAGGAAGUAGUGAUGUGGCUGACCAGCCCUGGGCCCAGGAGAGAAAGCAUCUGGCAGGGCUCGGUUGGCAGGAGCUGGGUUUGUCCACACACCCCAUCAAGUUGCCCUGCUACAACGAGGACAUUGCAUGGCUCAAACGCAGGCUGAUCCCAAGGUGCUUAGCAAGGCCGGGCUCUCCCCUGGUCCCCAGCUGCUCUCCCAAGACUGCCAGGACACUCCAUCAGCCCACCCUGGGGCACGCACAGCAGGUGGUCAUCCAAGCACACCAGGAACAGUUGGAUGAAAUGGCCAAGCUGGGCUUCAAAGAGGAGACCCUAAUGAGCCACCUGGCUCCUAAGGAUUUUGAAGAUUUUGUGACCCAGUUGGAUGAAAUCAUGGCUCUGAAAUCUGAGUGCAUCCAGAGUCUGAGGAGCCAGCUGCAACUGUACCUGGCCUGCCACAGGCCAGCCGCAGCCCCCGAGAGGACAGUGGUGUCUUAGAGCAAGAUGCAGUAUGGAAUGGUGGGGCAGCUCGGGGGCCUG